GGGCAAAGGUCAGCCACCCAGCAUCCUCCGCUGUAGAAUACACAGCCAUCUUGGAUCUGCGAGGAGAAGAGACAUUAAUGCGGUGACAAACAGCAUGUUUAGUGCAAGAAAGAAGUUUUUAGAGGGGGUCGAAAGUGACUACCCAGAUGAAAGCAUGUACUACGGCUCGCAAUCGAUGUUCCCACAUCGAUCGGAGAAAGACAUGCUGGCAUCCCCUUCGCCAUCAUCAUCAGGUCAGCUGUCUCAGCUUGGUGCGAGUUUAUACGGCCCACAAAGUGCACUAGGAUUUCCCAUGAGGAGCAUGAGCAGCAACAAUCCCCAGCUAAGCCGAAGCUUAACGCAGGGCACCCAACUCCCCAGCCACGUCACGUCCACAACAGGGGUGCCAACAAUGUCCCUCCAUACUCCGCCCUCGCCAAGCAGGGGCAUUCUUCCCAUGAACACGAGGAACAUGAUGAAUCACUCCCAGGUGGGGCAAGGCAUCGGCAUGACGGGCAGGACCAACAGCAUGGGCAGCUCAGGGCUGGGCAGUCCCAACAGGAGCUCACCAAGCAUUAUUUGCAUGCCAAAGCAGCAGACAUCCCGGCAGGCCUUCACCAUCAACAGUAUGUCUGGCUUUGGAAUAAACAGGAAUCAGGGAUUUGGAAUGAACAAUUCAUUAUCAAGCAACAUCUUCAAUGGAACCGAUGGGAGUGAAAACGUGACAGGACUGGACCUCUCGGACUUCCCUGCGCUGGCAGACAGAAGUCGGCGGGAAGGAAGCAGCAACCCAACUCCAUUGCUCAACCCGCUGGCUGGGCGAGCGCCGUAUGUUGGGAUGGUCACAAAACCAUCAAAUGAACAGUCUCAAGACUUCUCCAUCCAUAAUGAGGACUUCCCUGCAUUGCCAGGCCCUAACUACAAGGAUCCUACGUCAAAUAACGACGACAGCAAAUCUAAUUUGAACUCUUCAGGCAAGAACUCUAGCACGGAUGGGCCUAAAUUCCCAGGAGACAAGAGCUCAUCAGCGCAAAACAACAACCAGCAGAAGAAGGGGAUCCAGGUGUUGCCUGAUGGCCGGGUUACGAACAUUCCCUCUGGGAUGGUGACGGACCAGUUUGGGAUGAUCGGGUUGCUAACGUUCAUCCGGGCAGCUGAAACAGACCCAGGGAUGGUGCAUUUGGCACUAGGCAGCGACUUGACAACACUAGGGCUGAACCUCAACUCACCAGAGAAUCUGUACCCCAAGUUUGCCUCUCCUUGGGCAUCGGCGCCAUGUCGACCACAGGACAUCGACUUCCAUGUUCCUUCUGAGUAUUUAACCAACAUUCACAUAAGGGACAAGCUGGCUGCAAUAAAACUGUCGCGAUACGGAGAAGACCUGCUGUUCUACCUGUACUACAUGAAUGGAGGAGAUCUGCUGCAGCUGCUGGCAGCAGUAGAGCUCUUCAACCGGGACUGGAGAUACCACAAAGAGGAGCGAGUCUGGAUCACACGUGCGCCAGGCAUGGAGCCCACAGUGAAGACCAACACCUACGAGCGAGGAACGUACUACUUCUUUGACUGUCUUAACUGGAGGAAGGUGGCUAAGGAGUUUCAUCUGGAAUAUGACAAGCUGGAGGAGAGACCACACGUCCCAUCAACCUUCAACUACAACCCAGCCCAGCAGGCCUUCUAAAAGACUUCCCUGUUCAUGGGGUAUGGCUGUCUCAGCACGUCUCUCACCCAAAACCACAGGCGCUGAUGUGGCUCAGGCAUCCGGCUUUUUAUUCCUCCAGGAUCUGGCUAUUGACUUAGGUGGAUGGCUCUCCGCUGUUGGCGAGUCCCACCAUAUGAAAUAUUUGCUGCCCAACACCAACAGUUUUUCUGUUUUUCCUUUUUUUUUUUCUUUUUUUCUUUUUCUAAUUUUAACCAGGUAUGUUUUUUUUUUUAAUGCCUCUUUCCAGUGCCCUAUGGUCAGAGGCAUUUCAGCUCUAACAGUGACAGAAAAAGGUUGACGUUUCAUUCUCCAAAGUGUUACAAGUUGCAAAAGGGGGAAAACACAAUAACAGCAUAAAACAAGCAAUUCAAAGGACAGAGAAAAUGUUCAUUGUAGCACUGUUUGGUAAUAAAAGAACACAAAUUUUUGUGUUUUUUAAUGUGAAGACGCUUCAUAUUUCGUUUGGAAAGAUAAGCAGCUGAUUAACUUGUUUCCACCCCCUUUUAAUAGCCCCCAUGUUCAAAAAAUGUCAGCCCCUAGACUCCUGAUUUACUGCCCUCCAGCUCCCUGUCAUUCAUAUGUUUCUCUCGACAGCCGUUUUUGGCCCAGCUUCAGUAAAAUGACAUCCCAGACUGUUUUAGUAAACGUUACUGCCACAGCCUUUUUCCAGGGUUGCAAGGUUACUGAGCUUCAUCGUUCCAGAGCGAGCGAAAACACUCUCCAGCCUUUGUUACGACUUUGUAAUAAAUGUGUACAUUUUUUUUAAUUUUUGAACAUCACAUGAAUAAAGAUAUGUAUGUACGAAUGUGUAUAUAUUAUAUAUAUAUGACAUCUAUUUUGGGAAAAAAAAACCGUUGCCCUGCCGUACCUCGUUUUUAGGAGGUGAGCACGGACGCAAUACGUGGACAAACAGGACACUUCUGGAGCUGCUGGACAGGGACCAAGGCUUGCGCCCCUGUGCACUUUUCAAUGUACUACAGCAACGACAACAACGAAAGACGAAAAAAUGGGCCAGAUUCCCAACAAAGUGCGGACAUCCAUACCCAAGUGAACAACUCGGGAUUUGAGAAAGAGGACUUGAAAGCAUUUCACUUUGGCUGUUUUAAACGGCAGCAUUUCAUAGGAAAAGAAAAACCAAUUUAAAAAAAAAAAAAAGAAAAAAGAUUGAUCUUGUAUUUUCUGACCACAUUCAAGCUUCUUCUCUUUGUAAUAAAGUAGAGAGGCUUCUCCUGA